GUCAUUGUGACAUCACCAGACAACAAAAAGACUCGAGCUCACGGAGCGAAGCGCUCCAAUCAAUGGCACAGACGCGGCGCGUGCUGCACGCAGAGAUGAGUCUCCAAGCAGCCUCCAUAAACUUCUGCUGAUCAGAUUUUUUUUUAAACCGAAAAAUGGCAAAUCCAGGACUUUGCGAACUCGCGCUGUCACUUUUGGAAUUGCUGCUUUCUUUGCCCUAAGCGCUCGCGCACUUCAUUAGAGUUUAGUACAGUCUAGUUUGAAGUGUUGCACAAGUAUGAACAAGAAGAGGCGACCUGAGUUGCGGCGACUCUCUGUCGUGGGAUAAAAAAAAAAAGUCGCUUGUGGAUUAAAACACGAAUUCAUGAGGAACACAAGAGACGACGGGAACGCAGACCGGCCACAGCGCUUCCUCCUUCGGAACUGACUGAUCAUGGUCGCCGUGGUCCGCGCUCUCAUGGUGCUGUUGCUCGGUCAGGUUUUGCUGGGAGGUGCCGCUGGACUCAUUCCCGAGAUCGACCGACGGAAAUACAGUGAUUCGGGGAGACACACACCGGAGAGAUCUGAUAUUAACUUCCUGAAAGAAUUCGAGUUACGGCUGCUCAACAUGUUCGGACUGAAGCGAAGACCCACACCGAGCAAAUCGGCGGUGGUCCCUCAGUACAUGCUGGACUUGUAUUAUAUGCACUCAGAAAAUGAUGACCCGAAGAUCCGGCGCCCAAGGAGCACUAUGGGAAAGCAUGUGGAACGGGCGGCCAGCAGAGCAAACACAAUACGAAGUUUUCAUCAUGAAGGUGAGGCCUGA